AUGGGUGUUUGUGUGACUAAAAUGGAAGCAUAUGAUCAUUUGAAAGUGGUAGGCUUUAUCAAGGGUUAUAAUAAUUGGAUAGCACAUGGAGAACUUUCAAACUACUAUGAAGCCACAUCUAAUUCUGAAAAUACAUCAAUUGGGGUUUCAAAUAGGACUAAUGACAUGCAAGACUUGGUCCAUGAUGUAUUUGGGAUACCACAUGGAACAAAUGAAUUGAAUAGAGAAGGGGACUUUCCUGUUUUAGAGGCUGAAAAAUUUUACAAAUUGAUUGAUGAUUCUCAACAGGAUUUGUACAGUGGUUGCAAAAAUUUCUCGAAGUUGUCUUUCAUUAUUCGUUUGCUUCACCUAAAAUGCCUUGGUAAGAUGAGUAACAAGAUUUUUAAUAUGUUUGUUGAACUGUUGAGAGCAGCAUUUCCGGAGGCCAUGACUAAUUUGCCUUCUUCUUACUAUGAGGCUGAGAAAUUGAUGAAUACAUUGGGGUUGGGUUAUCAAAAGAUCGAUGCAUGUCCUAAUGAUUGUUCUCUUUAUUGGGGUAGUGCUGAAAAAAGAACUUCAUGCAAAACAUGUAACGAGCUUAGGUGGGUUGCUUCAGAAAAUGAUCCAACUGGUGAAAAAAGAAAAAUCCCUCAAAAAGUAUUGUGGCAUUUCCAUUUAAAAGCUAGAUUACAAAGACUAUUUAUGUCUUCUAAAAUUGGAUCUCAAAUGAGAUGGCAUGAGGAAAAACGUACAAAAGAUGGUUGUAUGAGACAUCCAGCUGAUUCUCCAGCUUGGCAAACUUUUGACUAUCUACAUCCAGAAUUUGCUAAGGAUUGUCGAAAUGUUAGAUUGGGGUCGGCAUCUGACGGGUUUAAUCCAUUCAACAACAUGAGUUCUACACACAGUACUUGGCUUGUGAUUUUAAUACCAUAUAACUUACCUCCGUGGAUGUGUAUGAAGCAACCGUACUUCAUGUUGUCCCUGUUAAUACCCGGACCAUCCUCUCCUAGGAAUAAUAUUGAUGUUUAUCUACAGCCUCUAGUUAAAGAAUUGACCGAAUUAUGGGAUUUUGGCAUUCAAACUUAUGAUGCAUCCCAAAAAGAAAAUUUUCAAUUGCAUGCAGCUCUGUUGUGGACCAUUAGUGAUUUCCCUGGAUAUGCAAUGUUAUCUGGGUGGAACACUAAAGGUGAAUAUGCUUGUACUGUUUGUCACAAGUUCACUCAUGCACGACGGUUGACUCAUAGUUUCAAGCAUUGCUAUAUGGGUCAUCGUAGAUUCUUAGAUAGUAAGCAUAAAUUUAGAAAGCAAGCCCAAUUGUUUGAUGGCACCGAAAAAUAUGGAAGGCGACCACCUUUGCAAACUGGGGAUAUGAUUGUGAGUGAAUUGGGAGACUUGCAAAUUAAAUUUGGAAAACUUGUGAAAGGUAAUCCGAAGCUGCCUUUUAAUUGGAAAAAGAGGAGUAUUUUCUUUGAGUUGCCAUAUUGGAAAGAUAAUGUCUUAAGACAUAAUCUUGACUUCAUGCACAUUGAGAAUAAUGUUUGUGAAAAUAUUUGGGGGACAUUGCUAGAUAUUGAGGAUAAAGCAAAGGACCAUUAUAAUUCCCGCUGUGAUUUGAGAGAAAUGGGAAUAAGAAAAGAGUUGCAUCCCUUUGAGACAGAACCUAGAAAGGUGUACUUACCUCCAUCUUCCUUUGCAAUGGAUAAAAAACAGAAAACUAUGUUUUGCAAUGUGCUAAAAAAAGUGAAAGUUCCAGAUGGUUAUGAAGCUAACGUCUCAAGAUGCGUUCGAAUAAAACCACCAAGAAUUUCGGGGCUUAAAAGUCAUGAUAAUCAUAUCCUAAUGCAGCAAUUGAUGCCUAUAGCUUUGAGAAAGACUUUGCCAAAAUUAGUGCGCUAUCCUUUGAUUCGAUUGAGUAGAUACUUCAGGCAGUUUUGUUCUAAAGUUAUUUGUCCUCAAGAUGUGGUUCGUUUGGAAAGUGAAAUUGCCGUUAUACUCUGCGAUCUUGAGAAAUGCUUUCCACCAACAUUCUUCGAUGUCAUGGUGCAUUUAACUAUUCAUUUGGCAACUGAAGUGAAAUUAGGUGGCCCGGUGUAUUAUCGUUGGAUGUAUCCUGUAGAGAGGUACCUAGGAACAUUAAAAUCUUAUGUUCGAAAUAAAAGUAGGCCUGAAGGUUCGAUUGCUCAAGGCUACUUGGCAGAAGAAUGCAUAAACUUUUGCUCGUUGUAUCUUGCGGACUAUGUUGAGACAAAAUUCAAUCGUCCAAGCAGAAAUGAAGAAGUACAUAAGGAAAUUGAAGAGGGUUUAGAUAUAUUCUCUGAAUCAGGACAUCCUUUGGGGAGGGGCAAGCCAACAGUCUUUGAUGCUCAUAUCUUGAGUAAAGCACAUCAGUAUAUUUUAUUUAACUGUGAAGCUGUCACACCUUACAUAGAGCAGCAUCGUAGAUUGAUAGACGAAGGGCAUCCUCAAGUUCCACAGCAUCUAAAAGAGCGAUUGCACAGCGAAAAUUUUGCUUGUUGGUUUGCUGAACAUGUAAAACUUCCUCAAAAUGUUUCGGUGUUGAGAGACUUGAGGUUCCUUGCUAAAGGUCCAGAUGUUGUUGGAAUCCAACAUGACAAGUACGUUGUUAAUGGAUUUCGGUUUCACACCAACGAAGUUGAGAAGAAAAGAAAAACGCAGAAUAGUGGUGUUACAGUCAAUGCAACAACAUCCAGUUUUGCAAGUAUAAGGGAUCAAAAUCCAGUUUUGAGUGAACUAGUUUACUUCGGCGUCUUGAAAAUGUUGUUGAAUUAA